AUGCCCGUUAAGGGUGGGACUUGUAAUUACCAUCACUACGUGACUAGGUACUAGGACCCCCUUUUCCUUUGUUCUUUCUUCUCAGUAGACCUUGUGGUCUGCAUCCAUGUCUUCAGAGUAUCCCUCUCAUCUCCACGUCUCUUUUGCACCAAAUGCAACGUCGUUCAAGCGGACGUUCGAACAGUUUGGCUAUGAUUCGGGCUCUCCAAUGACUAGCGCUCUUCAAGCCAGCGGGAGUGGCACAACAAACCAUAGCGUCCCCACAGGCUCCAGUAGCAGCAGCGGCGGAAAUGAAAGAAACAAGAGGGCAAGGAGUACGAGCAGCUCCUCUGUCAGUAAUCGUUCUGCAGACUCUUCCAGGUCCUCCGAGUACAAUUCCGCGCGAUCGAGCGCCUCGCUGAGCGAGGGCUCUACUACCAACAACCACACCCUCUCUCUUGACCAGAACAGGAGAUCCUCAGCUUAUCCAUCUCCCGCCACUGUUUCCACUCCGGGUACUUUGGUCUCACCAACGCCUGUGCCACCGAGCACUGAGACCGAACCUCAGGAUGAGGACAUGUCAGAUAGCUCUGUUUUUUCCUUGGACAUCCCACGCCCUGUACCUCCGCCAGAAGUAGUAUCUUCUACUGCACAUGAUGCUCUUAGAAGCUCCAUAGAACGCUUCAACGAAUUUGAUAGCCACAUUGCAGUCCUCCGGCGUUCACACUCACGUACUCCGUCUUGGCACCCUACCGCAUCUCCCGUUCUGUCCCCACGUGAAUCGUCAAAUGAUACCACCGAAGCAUUUGACAGCUGGGACUGGACUCAUUUUGGAGCUUCACCGGGCUCAUCACACACAUCUGGGGAGGAUCGCCGUGGUCAAUAUUUCACCGAUGCAACUAUUUCCAUUGGGUCUGGGGGUACACACGCUGCGGCUCCCAGACAGGUUGACUCGUUAUCUUUCCAAGCAUCAGAUGGCUUAUCAUCACGUCCUGGCUAUACUACCUCAUCAAGUAACACCUCCAAUUCUACACGUUCUUCCAACACCCCUCAUCCUUCACACCGCCCAUCUCCAUCAAUCUCUUCAUCAACGAGGACGAACGCAUCUAUCCGAGAAUCUGACGAGCUUCCCAACGGAUCACUUACCUCCGUAUCGCAAGGUGUCCACCGUGGGUCAAGCUCUGGGCCAUCAAAUUUGUCAUGGGCUGCUCUUGCCUCUUCCCGUCCUUCACCGCCCGUUGCGUCGUUGCCCGAUGUAGUCGGCAGGCAAGGUGUUCAUCGUGUACCAAGUUCUGGCUCAUCCAAUUUGACAUGGGCUACUAUUACUCCCUCCCGUUCUUCACCGCCAGUUGCGUCAUUGCCAGACGUAACUAUGCGUCCAGGACUCCUUGACAAUACAUUCGAGCCACCAAAUUCAGAUCUGGAUACUAGGCCGCAGGCCGCAAGACGUACUACCCAUUCAGAUGCCGGCUGGAGAUCCAUGAGCUCUGCCCGUACGUCAGCAGGCACUUCUGCGUCAUCCUCUGUGCUUGGAGAUUCCAUCUCUCACUUCUACGCUGUUGACGAGGAACGACACCGGGAUGCCUCGAAUCCAAUCCAGGACCAUAACCCAUCGCCUUCCCGCUCGACUGACAGAUACCAAGAGGCUGCUGUGCGCGCUAGAUCAGUUAUUGAACGCUCGCGUAACUUAGCUCGCCCUCUCUCCGAGGCUUUUUCUUCGUUUUCCAGAGAACAGGCAAUUGAAGAUUCCGACGAAGCAGAGUUGUCAUUUAACCGUUACUUAGCGGGUCUCGGUGGAGAGGACUCCAUCGAUCACGAGAGACGGCGCAGGGCGAUGGUUCACAACCGUUACGAUAUCACCGGCGAAAAUGAUGAAGAUGACGACGACCCCUCCCAUUCAGAUAGUGUGCAUGAGAUCAUCCAAGGUCUUCAUAAUGCCCGCGGGCUACUGGAGCGUGGCGUGGAAACUGGUAAGCUCGUUCAUUGUCUGGGUCGCCUUCCCGACAUGAGCCGCCAAAUCCUCCUCCGGCUCGCUACCGCUUUCAUUCCCGCUUGUAUACCUCCGCUACAACACUGUCCAGCAACUCAUUGGUGUCAGAAAGUGCUGCAGAGCAUCGUCGUACCAACGCCAGGGCGCAUCUUCGCACUCAAUUGUCUGAUUCACGUCCCAACUCCGACGAGCCUGCUCGAGACAAUUCCGACAUUUCAACUGCCGCUGCUCGUUUGAGGCGUCUAAUAGCCAGCCAGGCAGACCCCUCAAACACAUCUUCCCACCCUUUGGCGUCUGGUCGAACAAGCGAUCUUCCUUCAAGACCGUUCGUAUCAAACAGUUCUGGGUCAUCUUCUCAGUUUCGACGAGGAGGUUUGAAUGAGUGGGAGAGAGUCCGAUUUCCAGAGAUUUUAUCCGAACACAGGCAUCCCCAGACAAGAAGUGC